AUGGCGUCUCGAUACUCUGUUGCCCGCGCUGCGCGCCAAUGGACUUCAGCUGCCGCGAAGAGGCCAAGCCCUUUUGCCUGCCAGCAAUGGAGACAGACAGCUCAGAUGCCCCGGCUAUUCACGGUAUCUGCUCAAUUGAAGGAGAAGAAAUACACCGAGGAUCACGAAUGGAUCGAGAUGUCCGCCGACGGCAAGACAUGUACACUCGGUAUCUCCGAAUACGCCGCGAAAGCUCUCGGCGACGUUGUCUACAUUGAGCUGCCUGAGGUUGACCUUGAGGUUAGCGAAGGUGAUGCAAUUGGCGCCGUCGAGUCUGUUAAGUCUGCUUCGGAUAUUCUUACACCAAUCAGCGGGACUGUCGCCGAGGUGAACGAAGGUCUGCAGGACAAGCCCAGCGACAUCAACAAGGACCCCGAGGGCGAGGCCUGGAUUGCCAGGAUCGCAGUGUCAGAGGAACCAGCGGGCAAGCUGAUGAGCAAGUCUGAGUACACCGAGUUCACGGAGGAGGCAUAA